UUGGCCCGCCCGGCGCAGAGCGGAAGUCGGAGUCUCAGGACUCUCUCGCAUCGGUUACCUGUCUGCUCUUCGCUUUCUGUCAAUUUCUGCUGUUCUUGGGCGAGCCGGCUCCGGGCAUGUGGCGGAGCCGCCCGCUUUCCAGAGCUUGACCCCGUCCCAGCCCCCAGCCCCACUCCCACUGUCCGAAUGGAGAAGCGGAAGCGCGCAACUAGCACUGUGGCUUGUACAUAAGUGCUUAUUAAAUGUUGAAGAAAAUUGAGCUGUACCGGUGCAGAUGUAUCAAUGUCAAGAUUCGGUGGUGUGGUAACUCCUUCCAGACUACGAACAGCAAAACUAGUACUCUCAGCUUAUAGGAGUUCCAUUAAAAACUAAAUUGCUAAGAAGUUAGAGCCAAGUUUCAUACCAUGGAUCCUUUGGGUGCUCCUUCCCAGUUUGUGGAUAUUGAUACUCUGCCCAGCUGGUUUGAAUGGUAUGAAGCAGAUGGAGUAGAUUCCUCAGAAACUCUGACUGAAAAAUUCCAGGACGAAGUCAUUAGAUCACCUUUUCCCUUCAGUAAAGAGCUCAGUGGAAAAGUGAUUCUUUGGAAAGGAGAUGUAGCUUUACUGAACUGUACAGCUAUAGUCAAUACCAGCAAUGAAAGUCUCACUGAUAAGAAUCCAGUGUCAGAAAGCAUCUUUAUGCUUGCAGGGCCUGACUUGAAAGAAGAACUCCAGAAGCUCAAAGGUUGCCGAACAGGGGAAGCAAAGCUUACAAAAGGAUUCAAUCUGGCUGCCCGUUUCAUCAUUCACACAGUGGGACCUAAAUACAAGAGCCGCUAUCGCACAGCAGCUGAAAGCUCCCUGUAUAGCUGCUACAGAAAUGUACUGCAGUUGGCAACGGAGCAGGCAGUGUCCUCUGUAGGAUUUUGUGUCAUCAAUUCUGCAAAAAGAGGAUAUCCUUUAGAGGAUGCCACCCACAUAGCACUCCGCACAGUGAGAAGAUUCCUAGAAAUUCAUGGGGAGACCAUUGAAAAAGUAGUAUUUGCUGUCUCUGAGCUUGAAGAGGCCACCUACAGAAAGCUACUUCCUUUAUAUUUUCCAAGGUCAUUAAAGGAAGAAGGCCAGUCUUUACCCUACCUUCCUGCAGAUAUUGGAAAUGCUGAAGGGGAACCAGUAGUACCAGAGCGACAGAUCAGGAUAAGCGAAAAACCAGGUGCUCUGGACGACAACCUAGAAGAGGAAGAUGAGGGCUUGGGCACUGAUCUCUCCUUCAUUGGGUCUCACGCUUUUGCUCGAAUGGAGGGAGAUGUUGACAAGCAGAGACGACUGAUCCUUCAGGGACAGCUCUCAGAGGCUGCUCUGCAGAAACAGCAUCAGAGAAAUUAUAAUCGCUGGCUAUGUCAAGCAAGAGCUGAGGAUCUAUCUGAUAUUGCUUCUUUAAAAGCCUUGUACCAGACAGGUGUGGAUAAUUGUGGUCGCACAGUGAUGGUGGUGGUUGGAAGAAACAUUCCUGUAACAUUAAUAGAUAUGGACAAGGCUCUGUUAUAUUUUAUCCAUGUAAUGGAUCACAUUGCUGUAAAAGAAUAUGUCUUAGUAUACUUUCACACACUUACUAGUGAAUACAAUCACCUGGACUCCGACUUCCUGAAGAAACUCUAUGACGUUGUUGAUAACAAAUACAAGAGGAACUUGAAAGCAGUUUACUUUGUCCAUCCAACAUUUCGGUCAAAGGUAUCAACAUGGUUUUUCACCACCUUUUCUGUCUCAGGACUAAAGGACAAAAUCCACCAUGUGGACAGCCUCCACCAGCUAUUUGCUGCCAUAUCCCCGGAACAGAUUGACUUUCCACCCUUCGUUCUUGAAUAUGAUGCCAGGGAAAACGGGCCUUACUAUGCGUCUUAUCCCCCAUCACCAGAUCUAUGACCUUCCAUCUUGUAAUACUGCUGAUUUCCAAGGAUGACUCCCUCUUCAUGGCCUGCUGCCUGUUGAAUUGAAAUUCAUUUGUGCUGUAUAGAAUUCAGAGAAGGUCUUUUGUCCCCACCUCUCUGAUAUUUUUUUAUUGACAUUAUAUUUUCAGGCACAUAAACAAUCUGCAAAUGUUAGGUCACUGUGCACUGUGUAACACUGUUUUAAAUUUGUAUGUGCAUAUCUAGUGGAAAUACUGGUAUUUCAAGGUGAAAGGAAGGAGAGGUUUUGUGUCUGCGUCCCCUGUUGGAGAGCAACUUUCAAAUGUCUUGAAUUUCCUGAAAAGACCUCAGACUACUGGACAGUCUGUCGGUCUCGAUCAUAUUGUCACCAUCAUAUUGAAAGCUUCUUGGGGCACUGAACCAUUUGUAAUAGUGCACAGAGCCAUUCAGACUACACUUAUCAGAUAGGCCCAUUACUUCCAAUCCUGUUGUGUUGUUUACUUCUGACACAUACAGAUGCUUUACCUAUGACAAAGAAUGGUGUGAAACUGAGAAUGUCGGAAAUAAUUGGACUGGAAUUCUACUGCUUGACAAAAGAUCAUUGAAAGGUUUAGUAGAGUAUGGGCUGUGUAAGUGCCAGGCUUAUAUCCCUGAUUCAGAUAAUAUUUGGGGGUGCCCCUGUUUUGGUCUUAACAGUAUGAUAAAAGGAUGCCUUUUUUUCACUCUUUUCUGUAGUCAUAAGUGUUUGUGGCCUCUUUUUAAAAGCUCCAGCUGUCUUAGUCCUCUAAGUAAAUAGGAACUACCUAACAGUUCACCAAGAAUUUAUUAAUUAUCACCUGAUAAAGAAACUAAUGAUAUGUUCACUUCCUUUUAGGAAUGUGUGUGUGUGUGUGUGUGUGUGUGUGUGUGUGCGCGCGCACACACACACACUCUGCCCUCCUCUAAUGAUGGCUGGUUUUGUGUGACUGUCCCUUAUAUGAUACUGCCUUGGCAGACCUUGUCUAGUGAUUAGACUUCCUGGCAUUGCCUGCUUCUGUAAGGAGGAUGAGCAGACUCAAGGGGUGUGAUUCUUGACAUCAUUGCUAGUCUUGCUAUUUGUAACUUAGGCUUCGGCCUUAGCCUGCCUAGCUGUAAAAUGAGUAUGAUUUUACCUACCUCAUGGAGGUAUGUAUGAGAAGGUAUAGUAUCUAGAAAAGGACUCAAUUAUCUUUGAGCUGCAGGUGCUUAAAGAAUAUGAAGUGGAGGUGUUGUCUCUGCUUGAAAGUUAGGAAUGAAGUUUCAUUGAGCUCUGCAGGACUACCCUUAUCUCUGACUCCCAGUACUGUUUCAACCUUUCAGGAGAAAUACAGCCAUCAGUGCAUAAUUCCAGUGCUAGCACCUCCCACCUCUGGCUUUGUCCAGAACUUUUUUAACCAUUGAUGAUAAUGUCAGUUGGAAAGGCAUUUUUGUUUGGAGGGGGAUGUUAUUCUUAAAUGAAAGGUUAAUUAUCAUCAACAUAUUCCUAAUGCCCCCUCAGCAUCUUAGCACUCACCUCAUCCCCACCCCCCAAGCCCAUGCACACACGUACGCAAAUCAUUUCUAUCUGGAUGACUGUUGUAAUGUGCAUAGGCCAAUCAAAGGUGUGAGCCAAAGUACAAGCUCUGCACAACCUUUUAAAAUGUAAACCUUCUAAGUAGCCGUUUACUUUUUCAAUAGCAACACUCUCAUGUUCCGUUUAAUUCACCAUUGUAUAAGGAAUGGAACUUAUCUCCCAGGUACCAAAAGAUUAAUAACUUUAGAGGAAAUUAGUUAUUGGGAUUGGGCAAGUCCCUUCCCCUUUGGUUACUAAAGAGUUUAGCAAGUGAAUGUCAUUUUUUUUAAGUGAGAGAUUGCAGUAUCAGUCACCCAUGAACAGGUGACUUGAUAGCAAAAAUGGUCUUCCUUUUCUUAUCCCAUCUUUUGUGAAUGUUGGGCUAAAGUGAUGAUCAGCACAUGUUGGCCACCAGUUAAAUAUAACUCACCUUUCUCUGGUGUAACCAUAUUAUAAUUGCUAUCAAAACAGAUUCCUUUUAUCUCUUUAGCUUGUUUGUGCCCACCACAACAAUUCAAAUAACUGCAGCUCUUUAAAGUAAAAUUGAAGCCCUUUUCUAGUAGAUUGUCAUCACAGACUCUUGUUGGAUAGAAUUGGAAUGCCUUUUCCACAAGGGGCUGUGAAGAUGUACAAUCUUUUCUAUAUUAUGGGGCUUAGCUGCCUUGAAUUGAGAUCCUUUCUCUACUCUUUCCUUGUAGGCAGUAUAACAGGCUGCCUGUAAUGAAGAUAUUUGCUGUGUUGUCCUUUGAUUUAAAGCUGUUUUUAUUGAUAUGUAUGUAUAUCUAUUUAUAUUUAUAAUUUAAAUGUUUGCAAAUGUGCUUCAGUUACCAGAUGGCAUUCCUUUCAUCCAUCCAGUAAUUUUAAAAGGGUAUUUAUUGCUGUGAUAAUAUCAGUAAUGCUUUUCGUGAAUGUUUAUAUACACAUAUAUACAUAUAUGUACAUAUAUAUGUAUAUUUAUAUAUUGCAUACAAUCUGUUAUAUAUGUGAAAGGUCCUCUGUAUUCACCUUGAAGAGCAGGGGAUUGAGGUAGUAUGCAACCAGCCAGACUCAUCAUGAGAAUUUGAUAGUUUGGUGGUGACAGUUAAGAUGAAAAUCGCAUACUUCCCGCUGGGACUGGGUGUCAGCUGGGACCAGUAUUAUAUGUACAGAGCACGUUUAAUGAAGCUGUUUCAUCUGACUGUGCUUUUGGAAAGAGCAGAGUGACCUUAUGGCGACAGAACCAUCAAGUAGGGUACAGCUGUCUCAUAUACACACACACACACACACACAUAUAUAUAUAUAUAUAUAUAAUUUAUGAAGGUCACAUAGGCUAGAUAAUGCAUCUUCUUUUUCAGAGGCAGGCAUUGUGGGAUAAAGGGAUCGCUGCAUACAGCAGUCCAUUAACAGCUGAUAGUAAUUCAGAGCAUGACAAAUUAAUAAAAUUAGAUUUUGGUCAUUCUGAAUACCAGUUGAAGCUCUAGACACAACUUAACAAAACUUUAGGUAAAAUAAUUCAUGCAUGACACCCUGGGGUUCCAAAACAGUAAAGAGUUUCUGUCUUCACAUAUUUGAGUUGCUUUGAAUUCAGUGAUACCAAAGAUUUUUUACAGGUGAAAUACCAUAUUAGAAAAUUCAUUCCUAAAAAAUCUUAGGCACAGUGAUCCAAAUUAAAAUUGUUCUUUCUUCAAACUCUAAUUUUAUCUGAUGUCCUAUUUAUAUUGCCUUUAAAAAAAAAGUCAUCAGAGGAAAAAAUAACAUAUUUUGAAAGUUAUCAGUAGGAAUUCAGUACAGAUGUUAGGGGAAAAAAAGUGUAAGUUUAUAAUAAAAAUUCUGAUAUGGCUAAAGUUUACUAAUGGUAGAAAAAAGGAUCUCUCCCUUCCUGGAGAACAAAUUUAAUUAUUGUAGUAAAAGAACAUUGCCCAUCUCUUUUGUCUGUUUUCAAUUUUGGGGGGUCUCAUUUUUUUCAAACUAUACGAAAUAGUUCUGUCUUUUCAUUGCCCAAUUCAAAAGAAAAAUGAGAACACGCAGUAUUAAAUGUUAGCUAAAAACUAGCUGUGAUAGUCUCCGUUUAAGUUGUAUCUAUCUGUAUGUAUCCUAAGACUAAAACUGUAAUAUAGGGGUGUGUGUUGCUGUGUUUGGAGAUGAAAAUGAAAAGGAAUGCAUGGUUCAUAAUUGAACAGAAUGGACUACGGCUGCUUUGAUCUCAAAUGGACAUUUGACCCAAGAGAAUCAUGGGUCAGUCCAUCAAGCCUUUAUUAUUCAUCAGCUGUGUACUGGUCACUGGGGAUAUAAAGGUAAAACCCCCUAAGAGCUUAUAUUCUACCAGAGAGAUGUGUCCACAUAGAUGUAUGUGAAAUAGAUGGAAGAUCAUCUGUGGGUGGGGAUCCUCAGGAGGCAUGGAGUGCUUUUACCUUAAAAUACCAGUGGCAGUAUUACCAUAAUAGAGACACAAGAAGAGCUAUUGGUUCUAUAGAUGUUGAGGAUGCUCCCCUUGAUUUGUGUUUUGGCCUGACUUUUGAAGAGUGAAAAAUGUUAUAUGUAAGCUACACAACCACACAUUAUAAAGGUUGUCUCAAAACCCCAAUCAUAAUCUGUUCUUUCAUCUAUAUUUUGCAAAUGAUGUCCUAUGUCCUAAUAUAUAAGGGAUAUGAAGCAAUAAAUACCAUGCAAUACUUGCCAACAUUUCUUAUUAAAACAGCAGUUGUUAUUUAGUGAUAUUGGAUGGGAAUAGUUGACUUUGUUUUUUUUAUGCUUUCCAGAAAAGCAUUUUCCAAGGUUGGCUGUUGCAAAAAGAGAAACAAUUUGUGGAAGGGCUGGAUUGAGGAAACAUUAUAGACAUGAUUUUGCUAAUGCAAUUCACAUAGCAAACAUAACUACUGAAUACGAUAUUCUGUUGACUAUUGAAAGCUAAAUACAUUAUGUAAACACAGUCACGCUUUUAUUUGUAAUGAUUUUUGUUAGUAUAAUCACACAGUCAGCACAAACUGAGCCAGAACUUUCAGACCAGAACUUGCUGAUUAAAAUAAAUAAUUUUGUAAAAUCUUGAA